AUGGCAGCUCCGGGGCAGGAAGAAGACAGAGAUGAGGCUGCCACUGGUGGAAAGAAGAUUUUAAAUCAGACGUUUCUUUCUCUUUCCCAAAUUUCUGCUUUGGCAGAACAAAAUGUGGAAGGAAUUCAAAAAAAGCUUGAAGAAUUUCUGAAUUUUAAACAGUUAAAGACAUCUUUCAAACAAGCUGUUUUGCUAGAUUAUUAUACUGCUGGAUUUUGCUGGGCUAAAGAAAUGAAUUUCAGUCUUAUGCAGCUUUCAGGAUUCAUGGAUCUAUUACACUUCCUGUUGGAGAACCUCAGUGACAAGCGUAUAACCUUAGGAGAAAAUUUAAAAGAACUUGGAAAAGCAAUGGCUGGAAUAGGAGAAACCGAUUCAGAAAGAAGUGGUGACUUGAAUUUCUUCAGCAUUGAGCAAGCCAAAGCAAUCAUCGAUUACUUGACUCUCAGCUUAUUUAAACACUAUAAACUAUAUGAAUAUCUCUUGCACAGUCUUAGAGAAGAACUUGUGAUGAGUAAUGAGGGAUCUGAAAGGAUGCUGGAAGAGUUCUGUCCAGAGGUGGAUUCCUUCAAGGAAGAUGAUGUGGCUUAUGUCACUGCUGAAGAUCAGAAAUCCACAGUGGAUGAAAUCCCAAAUGAAAUUAUAGACAAUCUCGAGGUAAUAUUACUAGAAAGCUUUUCACUAUUUCUGUCUAUGGCAGAGAUAAACGAAAAGCCACAAAUGCAAGAAGAAGCUUAUACAGAAAGUCCUAAAUAG